UGUAGAUCACUAGGGACUAGAAAAUUUCGCGAUCGCGAAAUUUUCACGAAUUCGCGCGAAAUUAAGUGUAAAACGCGAAAAAUACCAUUUGUUGCGAAAAAACGAAAUUUCUACGAAUUUUAACAAACUAUGCGCGAAAAGGUUUAUUUAUUAUAAAUUUAGUAUCAUAAUCAUAAAAAUAAGUCGCAGUCACACGCAUCGACGCAAUUCACAAACAAUAUGUUCGUUUGAAUAAAAAAAUGUAAGGAAAUAAAUGUCCUAACCAAAAAAAAACAUGAAGGGUAAAACUUAUAAUUAAUUAUUAUUAUGUAUUAUAAUAAUUUGCGAUGCUAAUCAUUGCUAAGUAAUUUACGAUUUUCUAUUUAUUAACUAACAUCCGCUUUAAUAUGAAACACUUAACGUGACGUUGAUUCAUUUUAAUUAAAUAAAAGUCCGCCGGUGUAAACCAUUCCUUUCGCCAGUCAUCGCAGCCAUUUUUUUUGCUGCUAUGGCCUACGGAAAACGCUCCUAGCCAGUAACUUAAAUUCAUGAUUAAAAUUAACACACCAUUGAGUGGGACUUUGGGACGUAAUUACGGAGAACAUAAUAAAAUUACUUAAUACAUCGGGAAAAAAGUGACGGUAAAAAAAGAUAAAAUUAUUUACAUGGAGACUGCGGGGGAUAUAAACACUUUUAUUUUUAAUUCCUUGGGAUCCACGGAAGAAAAAAAAAAUUAACUUGAAAGAGAAUAGUUUUCACUGGUGUGCAACUGCUGCUGUCGUCAUGUUCACUUUGACUUCUACUCCGACGGGCAAAUCGGCAAGUUAACAAGAUUAUUAAUUGGAUAGUGACUAGUGAGUGAGUAAAAAUGCGGAAUAAAUUAAGUGCAAGGGAUCGAGCAUUUCAGUAUAAGAAGGAGGGGUUUUACUGUACAGAUAAUAGCACGGUUAUGUGUAAGUUUUGCAACACGAAAGUUUCGUGGGAUCGAAAAGACACGAUUGAAAAACAUUUAAAGUCGGCAAAACACGUGGCGUCAUUAGCAGCAACAAAAGAAGAGACUACAAAACUACAAACAUCAGUUGCAUCAUGCUUUAAUAAAGUUGUCAAAGACAAAAAAUCGGCAGAUUAUCUUGGAAAACGUGUCACAGAAACAUUUGUAAAGGCUAACAUACCACUUGAGAAACUUAACAAUGAACACAUGGUGAACUUCAUGAAUGAAUUUAUUGAAGGAUCUGGCGCAUUGCCUUGUGUAAAGACUUUGCGAGAAAAGCACCUUCCCAGAUUAAAUAUGGAAAGGGAAGAAAACAUCAAGGAGAAGGUCAAAGGAAAGCACCUUGCGGUAUGCUGCGAUGAAACAACAGACAAACAAGGUCGGUGUGUUUUCGUUAUAAUCUUCAAGAUUAUAGAAGCCAGUCACCAAGUUGAAAUCGUAGUAGGUGAUGUCCACAUUCUUGAAACAGCUGAUGCAAAAAGUUGUUCAAGAGCUAUUCUUGAUUCUUUGAACAAAUAUAACAUUAGCUAUGACAGUGUCCUGGCCUUAGUAUCAGACUCAGCCCGAUACAUGGGGAAGUGUUUUGACACACUUACCAACUUGAUGUCGGACAAUGUUGUAGUGAUUCAGUGUUGGGCGCACAAACUCAAUCUGAUUUUGAAUGUUCUGGGAAAGCACCUUCCUGAACUUCAAAAUGCCACUUCCAAAAUCAAGAGUGCGUUCCUGAACACUCGAAAGAGAAAGCAUCUGUUCCGGCAAUUUCUGGAUGAUAAAUAUGAAGCUGGAAGGGUUCCACUGUUCCCAAUGCCAGUCCUCACGAGAUGGUCUUCGUGGUACGAGUCUGUAGCCUAUGUAUCCGACUACAUAGAAGCUAUUGUUGAGUUCAUGAAGAGUGACGACAUAGCAUCAGUUAGCAAUGUUGGAGUUCAGUAUUUGGCAAGUUUGUCACAGGAACAGGUCCUUAAUGUUAAGGUGCAGGCUGCCUUCAUCAAAGAAACAGCAAAGGGAAUUGUUGACUUGACGAAGUUGUUGGAAGGGUCGUCAUAUCCUUGUAGCAACAUUUUGUGUGGUAACCUACGCAAAGUUGAGCAAGUUUUGCAGCUUGCUGAAGCAGGAAAUUUUGGCGAAGAAACAAGUUUAGCACUGCAGUCAUGUGGAAGAGAUGUUGCAAAAGCUCAGGUUAAAUCUGCCUUAGUAAAAGCUGCAUCACAUGGAUACACUAAGCUGCUAGCUUUAAUUUCAAGUGAUCCUGCAAGUCAUCUUUAUUCUGAACUGAGUGUUUUUGACCCUGCACAGAUUUUAAUUACGGAAGUAACAAAAGAUCUUGGUAAAAAAUUGAAGAAAAUGGCAUUGUUCAAGGACUGCGAUGAAAGUCAAUUGCUUCAAGGCUAUAAAGAGCUUCAGUUCUUGGUGAAGAAACAGUUAGGAGACAAAAGUGAUGCAUCACUGGAUUUGAUUGCAAUAUUAUUGUCUCUUUCUGUAAAUCAUCCAGAAUUUUCUAAGGGUGCUUUGAAAAGUGUAUGGUUGCCAUGUGCAAAUGCAGACUGCGAACGAUUUUUUUCUAAGUACAGUUCUGUUCUAAGUGACCAACGACAGCGCCUUAAUGCUGAAAAUGUAGCUAUUCUCAGUGAAAUCUAUUUUGAAGGUUGAACACUGUUUUAGUGUGUUAGUUGUAUGCCAUGUCUAUGUGUUUAGUGUUACAUAUGUAUUCAACUUUGCAGCUGUAAAUAUUAUGUAUUGUGUUUUAUGAUCUGUGACAAGCAGGAAACUGUGAAUUUUUUUGAUAGGAGCAUUACUAACAAAUAUAGAAGCUAAAAUUAUGUACAGAUAUUACGAUAAGUAAAUAAUAAUUUCCUCAUUGUAAAGGCUUUAAGAAUGUUUUUACAAGUAUCUCAGUAUCAAUAUAUAAUGUUCAUAUUAAUUUUGGGAAUCCACAAAAAAAUCACAUUGGUGAAAACACCGAAAUGAAAACACCGCUUUUAAGAAUUCAAACCACCGCUUUUUGCACUUUCAAAACGACGACAUUUUCCAGUCCCUAUAGAUCACUUAUUUAUUAGGUAAAUAUUAGUGAUAGGUAAUAAGGAUAAAAACCAAUACCUAUUCAUUUACACUACAUUUCUUUAACAGAUCAGAAACCAAUACAAAACUUUUUCAAUGUGUUUGUAAACAAUGACAGUGCAAGUUUCUAGAAAGUCAUUAUUUGUAAGUAAUAAGUCAGUCUACAGAACUCCAAUAUUUGUAAGUAGUAUGUCAGUAUCUUAAUAAAAUUCUUUACUAAAAGGAUUUUUUAUUCAUGACAAAUAAAGUAUUAACAGCAUACAAUUUAUGCAUAGCACAGUACACGUUAUGUCUUUGACUAAUAAACAAUCACAACAUUCAAGUAUAGCCUUAAAUUACAGAAACACUGGAUUGAAAGAUGGCUACGGAUGUACAAACAGGUCGAUAGAAAAGGUGGGCGAUACCAGAAUGGAUAAAAUCUAUUGUACUUUUUUCAUGUGUAUCGGUUCUUUAAGUUUCGGGUGGAAAUGAUUACAUCAGAAAUUCCUAAAAUUUGGAAAAUCGGCUGAUAAUGAUGUGUACAUCACUAGUAAAUAUUGUAUUUACUUGUAGCUAAACAGUGUCUAAGUCAUAUGACUUGGAUUUAAAAAGUACUUAAAAAAAUUUAAUUUGUUAUUAAAAUAUUUUAAAAAAAUUACAAAUUAACUUACCAAGUAUUUAAAAAAAAUCAAAGUUCUGAGUAUUUUUUUUCCGAUACCUUGAGCCAAGAGCUAAAUAUUGGCCGAUAUCCAAUACCAGCAUCGGUAUCAUAACAUCCCUAAUAAUAAUGUAUAAAAAUCCUAUAACCCCGAAACACCGUUGAACCGAAACUGCUGGCUGGCUGUUGUCGUCACUAUUUAUAUUUGAU